AACACAAUGAAAUUCAAAUAAGGAUAUCUGUGUGAAUUUGUUUUUCUUCAGACAUGUGGAUAUAGAAACAGCUGUAUAAGUGCCUACCGUAAAGAAGUAUGUUUCUUGUGAGAUAUGUCUAAAACACUGGAAUGAUGUAGGCCUAUUCGGAAUACCAUGAUACAUAUAUAUUAGUGGAAGUCGUAUUCUUUGUUAUAGACAACUUUCUUUUAAAGUUAUAUGCACACGUUGACAUAAGUGACAAGUUUGUUUGAAGUGAUCUGGAACUGGUACGUCACAUCAUACCUGUAGCUAUAUGUAUUGGACUGAUAAGAAACCUUACACAAGAUAGCACAUCGCCUGGCUGUGACAAUGAACGAAGCCCAGCGUGUAACACUACAGCGACACUACAAACAAUUGUCCAGUGAUAUCAUCCUCACUGAAGAUCUUAUAGGAAAUCUGUGCGACUUGAAGGUUUUUGAGUUGAAUAUGAUAGAAAUAAUAAAGGCACAGAGGACUAGAGCAGAACAAGUACAGAAAAUGCUUGAGUGGCUGCCAAAGCGAGGUCCCCAUGCCUUUGACGGGUUUGUUGAUGCCAUAGAAAAUGAUUAUCCAUGGCUGGCCAGUAUUCUGCAGGCUAGUUACGAGUCAGAAAGAACCCAUCAUACUUCACAUCAUAAAGCUCCUGUCAGACAAGACACUGUGAGAUCACUAGUUAUAGAUACAUCAUGUAUUGCAGAGCCUGACACAAAGAAAAAGGUGAGCUAUUUUGUCCACCGCCAGUUCGGCACCAGCAAAAGAAUUUCACAGAAUGACAAGAAGGCUUUAGAAAAGUGGCUCAAUGAACAACUGAAUGAAGAACGAAAACGACUUUUAUCCUUAACUGACCGUCCAGAGAUUGAGUCAGUAGAUAGCUCAGACUCCGAGUCAGAAGACUCAACCACCCAGAACAUACAGCAGGAGCUGUAUAAUCUGCACAUCAAGCUAGAGGAUUAUCUUUUGAAAGACAGAAAAUACAAAAACAUGCAGUAUCUGCCAGAAGACAUGACGUUUGAGACUGUCAGCAAAGAAGUGGAUGUUGUUCUGAAAAUCAUCGACUCUCUAGAAAAGCAAAUACAGAACAGUUUACAGAACUUCAGUACUACAGAACAACACAAGCCUCUGUCGGAUCUCGUGGAAUCUCUGGUAGCCAGAUAUGUGGAGCAAGAGGAUAUUCACAACAAAGACAGCAAACAUAUUAAAGAACUUCACAAAAAGCUGGACGAGUAUUUAGAUCAUAUUGACACAGUAGAAAAUCAAAGAAAGACUUACCGUGAAAAGGCAGACAUCCUUUCAAAAGAGGUCUCCCAACUCCGAAAUGAGAAUUACAAUUUGCAGGAGAAAUGUAGCAUGCUGGAGAAAGCUCAGCUACAGCACUUGGAAAAGGAAAAGACUCUGCUAAAUCUGAAGAAGAUGGUUGGAGAACUGCAGGCGUCUCAGACAUUCCGUGCAGCAGGUGACACGUACAAUGUGGGCAGUAGUGCAGACUGGUAUAACCAGCGCAGUAGAAAGACUGUGCGGGUCAGCACAGACCGCGUACAGAGGAGUCCGGCGAGAAUGACCUACGGGAUUCAGAUGUCCAGUAGAAGGACGAUUGGCAGUAAAGCAAUUCCCAAGAGACGUAAUUCUAAUAAUUACCAAAGACAGUGACACAUGUCUACUGGGUUGAACAGAGAAACAUGUUCUCAAGAGACGUAAUUCUAAUAAUUACCAGACAUUGAUAUACAUCUACUAGGCUGAACAGAGAAACAUGUUCUCAAGAGACAGAACUCAAACAUGUACCAAAAAAACCUAUGAUUUUGUUUUAAUGUCUUUGAUUUGUUUGUACAAAUAAAUAUAUUAAAUAGACAAUGGUAUGCAAUGUUUGGCACCUCAGAUAUCAAAGUUAAGACCACAAUUUAAAUCAUUUGUUAGUGGUAGCCAGACUAACUUGCGAAAUAAAUUGUAACUGUCACUGGCUGAAGCUUAUGAAUAGUGGACAUUAUUUUACUGUGGAUCUAUAAUAUGACAUUUUAUCCCACAACCAUUGUUUCUGUUGACAGAAUAUGACGACGGAUAAAGCAAAGUCAUAUCUGUAUAGUAGCAGGAUGUGACUUCUGACUUCACACAUAGCUACAUUACAGAAUCGCUCAUUUGACCUGUAGGUCAUCGUACAAUGUAGCUGAAAUAUACAUACAUUGUAACAUUGUGUAUUACUGUAUACAUGUAUGUAUACUGACAAGGUUUUGUAUUAUAUGUUCUUUAUAAAAUUAUUUUUAAUGUCACAAGCUUUAAGUUACAAUUUCUGGUAUAUUGACCAACUGUUAACUUUCUGAUGGAUCCAUAUGCUGGUAAAUUAAAGUCAUAUGGCAUCAUAAAUGUUUAUAUUAUCACCAGAUUUCAAAGAAAUGCCAUGAUGUAGGUUGCUGAUAAAUAUAUAGUACUAUAUUUGUGGCCGUUUGAUACCAUUAAUCUAAUAUAUCUAACUUCCUUUUGCUCAUUAGAAAUGCUUUUAAACAACUUGAAAGAUAAGAUAAGAAUCACUCAUUUACUGUGUUUUCAUUGUUUGUUAUCUGUGGUGUCUGUGUCAUCAACAUAGAGUAGCCAAUCAGAUGUCUUUAAAUCAUUAUCACAUCUAUGCUGGAGAUCGCUGUGUGAUAACAAUAAUAAAUAUCACAUAAUGUUCUCACCAACAGGUGUAAGAAAGCUGAUUAAACAUACACAUGCAUACAUACAAAUUGCAGUCUUGUGCAAGUCGUGGU